AUGACUGGUAAAAAUGACGACUUCAAACUCACCCUCGAAGAGAAAUCAAGCCUGGUCGAUGGCACUGAUGGACCUUGCGGUGGAAACAUUGCGCCGAUUCCUCGCCUAAGCUUCAAAGGAAUAUGCCUUCAGGAUUCCCCUCUAGGCGUCAGAGAGGCCGACUUCGUUACUACUUUUCCACCAGGAAUCACAGCUGGUGCAAGCUUCGAUAGGGCUAUGAUUCGAGAGCGCGGGCUUCUCAUGGCAGAGGAGUUUCGAGCAAAAGGAAUCAACAUCGCUUGGCCCGUCGCAGGACCUCUUGGCCGGUCGGCCCUCGGCGGACGCAAUUGGGAAGGAUUCGGGGCCGACCCUUACCUUGCCGGCAUUGCUGUCUCGGAAACAAUCGCCGCAUUUACGGAGCAUGGCACGAUGCGAAACCCUACGAUGCGCAAGGAUGGGACAGUCAUACAAAACUCUUUGAGCUCGAAUAUCGAUGACCGCACUAUGCACGAGCUUUACAUGUGGCCCUUUGCGGACGGCAUCCGCGCUGGUGCCGACCAUGCUAUGUGCUCCGCUCAAUGGUCUUCUAAAGGGGGCGAGUUAGGGCUCCAGGGUUCCAUCUUGUCGGAUUGGUUCGCAACGCAUUCUGGAGUCUCUUCAAUCAACGCAGGACUUGGCCUCAACAUGCCAGGUGGCUGGGCUUCGCCAUACUUCAUGAACAUGUCGCAGUAUGUUGAGAACGGCGAUAUUUCCGAGGAGCGCCUUGAUGACAUGGUUCGCCGUAUCUUGACGCCCUACUUUCGCCACAAACAGAACAGCCCAGAUUAUCCCGCUCUCGACCUCAGCUUAAACGAGUUCAAGGAACAAGAGACCGCGGCCACGGGAAACACCAUUCUCCUGCCAGCGACGCCUGAAGAGAUACCUAUGUGGAACAUAGGCGGGACCAAGAACCGCGACGUCCGCAAGGAUCACGGCAAAUUUGUUCGGGAGCUUGGUGCAGCUGGUGCAGUCCUCCUGAAGAAUGACGGUGCACUGCCGUUCAAGGCCCCCAGGAACAUUGCCGUUUUCGGCAAUGACGCAGCAGACUUGAGUCAGGGACAAUUCGCGCUAAACCCCAUCGACCCCAUCGGCCCUGAAAUGGGUGCAAAUACCCAAGGCAGCGGGUCCGGCACUGGUCGUUUCUCGUACUUCGUAUCCCCACUACAGGCGAUUAAGGAACGCAUGGGUAGUGACUUGGUGCAGUACAUCCUGGACAACAAGGCGAUCGCUAGCAACAUUGGAAGCAUCUACCCUGCCCCAGAGGCUUGCCUUGUCUUUGUCAAGAGCCAUAUCGGUGAAGCGACCGACCGCGAAACCCUGGGCCUUGAUUGGGAUGGCAAUGCAAUCAUCGACGCUGUCAGCCAAAAAUGCAAUAACACUAUUGUUACCCAUACAGGCGGUCCUAACAAUACGCCUUGGGCAGACAACCCGAAUGUUACAGCAAUCAUCGCUGGUCACCUACCAGGCCAGGAGAUUGGCCAUUCCAUCGCAGAUAUUCUUUGGGGCGAUUUGAACCCAAGUGGCAAGCUUCCAUACACCAUUGCCCACAACGAGUCUGAUUUUAAUGCCUCCGUCGUCAACUUGACUGGCUCUACCGGUAUUGACUCCUGGCAGUCUGCCUUUACCGAAGGCUUGUACACUGAUUACCAACACUUUAGCGAAAGCGACAUUGAACCACUGUACGAGUUUGGGUUUAGCCUGAGCUAUACUACUUUCAGCGUCAAGCUUGGCUCAGUGACGAAACUCGUGCGAAAUGCCUCUCCUAUGCCGCUGAACCGUCCAACCCAGCCUGGCGGUAACCCGGCUUUAUUCGAGCCUCUGGUGAAGGUUACCAUUACUGUGCAGAACACGGGCAAGCUUGCAGGGGCGACGGUUCCGCACCUCUACCUAUCUCUGCCCGAUUCUGCGCCUCGCGGGACCCCUGUCAAGGUGCUUCGAGGAUUUGACAAGACAAAGAAGCUCUCGCCGAAUCAAAGCCAAAAGAUCUCGUUUGUGCUUAGAAGGAAGGACAUGAGCUUCUGGGACGUUACUAAGCAGGAUUGGCUUAUUCCGAAGGGUCGGUUUUCUAUCAAGGUUGGUUUCUCCAGCCGUGAUCUGCCUGUCGAAGGAUCUGUCGUUUUCUAA